GUUCAUUCCAAUUGUCAAUUGAAGUUCGUCAAUUUUUCCAUGACUGGAAGAAGUAUCUGAUGUCCUUUUGGAACUUGUUUGCGAUCUCGUUGUUAAAAGAUGGAUCGGCAGCUGUGUGGGCGCUAGCAAUUUCCAAUUUUCUACUAGAUAUCAAAUUCCUACUUUUUUUCAGAGUCUUUGAGAGUUUCAGCGGCUACUUUGGAAUAUUCUUUGGAGUUGCGAAGAGUCUUGUAUCAUUUUUUGUGUUCCGUGUAUCGUAUCGAAAAGAAGAAAUGUUUUUCAAUGAAAGAUAUAUUUCGAUAUUUAGAGGACAACGAAAACUCGACAGCAUGGAACGAUCCGAUGAUAAUAAUUUUCUUUGGAUUGGUUGGCAUUUUCACAAUUACUUAUCUCUCGAGUCUACUCAUCAGGUUACUGAACGAAGAAGUACAUCACGCCAAGGAACGCGAGUCAUUUCUCGCUUACAAGAUUGA